UCAUAACGCCAAACUCCUUCUGGUCAUACCCAUGUAGCAGAGGGCACGGCGCCUCGCCAUCAGUCGUUGCUAUGGUUUCCAGGAUCCAGACCCAGACGGAUGUUGUGGUUUUACUUCUUCCUUUUUUGUCGGCCGAAGUCUGGCUCUGCUGUCUGGAUCCCGUUAAAGGCGACGCCGGGAGCGGGCAAGAUGGAAAUCGCCGUAUGCAAGAGUAAUGGGGAAACGUUAGGGGCAGGCGGGUAGGCUGGACGACAACUAUCUUCACCGAGCAGGCAUCGUUUGGGCCGUGUCGUCGUAAAGCGAUGCAGUGUCUGUCGGGGGCGGCCCCGCCCGGGGAGCUGGUGCAGGUGUGUUUCCCCGGGGCCCAGAGCUCGUUGCUGGACAGCCUGAACCUCCAGCGGGAGGACAGGCAGCUGUGUGACCUCUCCAUCGUGGUGCAGGGCCAGGUGUACCGCGCCCACCGCUGCGUCCUCGCCGCCGCCUCGCCCUACUUCCAUGACCAGGUGCUCCUGAAGAACAUGUGUACGGUGAGCAUCCCGGCGGCCAUGGACCCGCUGGCCUUCGAGGGCGUGCUGAGCUGUGCGUACACCGGCCGCCUGCGCAUGGCACGCCACGACAUCGUCAACUACCUGACGGUGGGCAGCGUGCUGCAGAUGUGGCACAUUGUGGACAAGUGCACCGAGCUGCUGAAGGAGGGCCGGGCGGCCCCCGCCACCGCCGCCGCCACCGCCGGGGGCGGAGUCAGCGAGGGAGGGGCGGGGUCCACGGGCGAGGGCGGCGCCGAGGGAAGCCGAGUCGGCAGCGUGAGCGGGGGGGCGACGGGGCGCCACUCCACCGUCUCCAAGGAGGAGCAGGAGGCCCCCCCGCCCAGCGGCCCGGCCCUGAGCGAGAGCCAGUCCCCCAGCAGCACAAACUACUUUAGCCCCAGGCACGGGAGCGGCCUCGGAGGGGGAGGAGCCACCGGCACGGGGGCCUCUGGGGAGGGGGGAGGAGCUAAUACCACCCCGAGCUACUGCACCCCCUCGGGCGGGGAGGAGGCCUUCCUCAUCGAAGAGGAGGAGGAGGAGGAGGAGGAGGAGGAGGAGGGGACGUACCACCAGAGGAAGAGGCUCGGGGGAGGAGGUGGCAGGAGGAGGAAGGGCUCAGCGUGCGAGCAGGAAGUGGGCGUCAGUGACAGCUUCGGCGUGUCGUCCUAUCAGGCGGGGGAGGAGAGGCGGGGCUACAGCCAGUCAGGCUCCGCCCCCCGUAAGCAGUGGGUGGUGGUGAAGACGGAGCAGGAUGCCGACGACGACCUCAUCCUGGUGUCUGGGGAGGAGGACGAGGAGGACGAGGAGGACGAGGAGGACGAGGUGGCUCUGGCCCGGGCGCGGGAGCGGGACCACUUCAACAUCUCCAACGUCAGGAGCCUGUCCUCGGAGAUGGGCCGGAGGGCCGCCUCCCACAUGGACACCCAGGCGGACUACUGCCAGUCCUCGGAGGACUUCCUGCGCCUGGAGAGCAGCCUCAUGGAGCACUCCCUGGCCCAGCACCUCCACGAGGCCGGGGGCCUGUCCGGGGGCCCGUCGCGGGGCCUGUCCUCCUCGCUGCUGGGGCCCGGCGGCGGCGGCGGCGGCGGCGCGGCCCGGGGCCAGCUCUUCCCCCUGGACAUGCAGGGCAACCCCAUCCUGCUGUACAGCCCGGCCCCCGGCAGCGCCUCCCUGGACCCCGGGGGCCGCGACGCCGGCUCCUACAAGGGCCACGCCCACCCCCUGGAGCACGGGGCGGUGCACCUGGGCGGGCUGCCCCCCGACGCCAUGGACCCCGGGGCGGGGGGGGGGAUGGGCGGCGGCGGCGGCGGCGGCGGCGGGAAGCUGUUCAUGUGCCACUGCGGCAAGACGUUCACGCACCGCAGCAUGCGGGACCGCCACGUCAACAUGCACCUGGACCUGCGGCCCUUCCACUGCCCCGUCUGCGCCAAGCGCUUCAAGAUGAAGCACCACCUCACGGAGCACAUGAAGACGCACACCGGCCUCAAGCCCUACCGCUGCGGCGGCUGCGCCCGCAAGUUCAUGUGGCGCGACAGCUACAUGCGGCACCGCGCGCAGUGCGAGCGCGGCGGCGGCGGGGGGGAGGAGCCUGUGCCCUCGCCGCACUACCUCCUCCCCCCCCCGCUCUCCUCCGAGGAGGGAGGGCUCGGGGGUCGCGGUAACCAUAGCAACGCCGGCAUGGGCGGCCAGGGGGCGGGGCCGCUUGGGGUUGUGGGCGGGGCGGGGGCGGGGCGGGAGCAGUGCGGCGAUGAGGACCCGUGUGAGGCCAGGGCCAACGACGGCAGCGUCACCUAGAGGCGGCGGCGGCGCAGCAUCGUCGUUAGCCGCGGCUGCUGAAUGAGCUAUAGCUACGGCGGCUAGCAGCGGAACACGGACACUAGCUGCAGACGCUAGCUACGGGGCUAGCUUCGUGGGCCCCCCCGUGUUCCCGUGCCACUAUGGACUGAACUGUACCUUUUUGACCUCAAACACCUCUGACCUACGACCUUAUCGCUUCUCUCUCAUCUGUAUGCCUGUCCGGUUGCUAAUGACAACGCUUUGUGGUUGUGAUGGACUGUUCUGCGUUGUCUAAACCGCUUCCCAAAAAACAGGUUGCGUGAGAAUGGACCGUGUGUGUGCAUGUGCGCGCGCGUUUGAGAUAUAUCUGUCGCUGUCUGGUACAGUAAUUUAUUACAGUUUAUUAAACCGUACUGAAAUAUUUUAAAGGGACACUGUAACAUUUUAAGUAAUUUAUUACCUCAAAUCAACGUUUUCAUUCAUAAAUAAGUCCUCAUUGGUGUAAAAUUAUCUCUGCCAAAAAUCGCACUAAUCCUCCUGAGCGAAGAAUAAUUAAUAUGUAGUUACAUAGGACGGGUAAGCUUCAUGGAGGCUUCCAUGUUCUUCCGGUCUAUGAACGGCCGAGAGAGACAAAAAGCACUACGUGGUACAGGAAAUGCAAACGCAUUUUCACUCUGAGCCAGCGUGAAUGAUGACUGAAAUAAUUCACUAUCACCCGAGGAGUAAUUACUCAUACAUCAUUAGCUUACACUAAUGAUUCAAUGCAGUUUGAAAUUUGUUUGAAAUAACGAACCUCAUCAUCACUCGAAUGACUCGAUUAGGUAGUAUUGGAUGUCAUGACACAGCUUCUUGGCACAUACUGCCCACCGUAGUUUUUGAACAAGCGAGCACUAUUAGUUUGAAUGCAAUAUACAAUUGUACCACUAGAUGGGAAUCAUUUUUACACAGUGUCCCUUUAAAGUAACACCACACUAAAGGUUUGUUGAACAUGUUUCUGUUUGAGCAGGGUGUGAAGACGUGCUUUAAAUGCCUGAUUAAGAUCAGACGUUCAUGUCAACAGCAGACCCUCUAGGGCCAUUUUGAUUUAGUUUCUGUUCAUUGAUUUAAAUAUUGUUAUUGUACUGAUGGCUA